AUGCAACAGAAGGCUCAGACACCGACUUCAGGUCACACUCAGCGCCAGGUGGAAGCUCUCAACGAAGCGCAGACGCAGCCGCAGUCGUUGAUACCGAUCCAAACACAAGGACACAAACCGAAGUAUGGGGACACCGAGAUGCCAGACUCGAACCAAGCGCCGGUCCAUCACCAAGUGCAAGCGGACACACAGAUGGCUGACACCGCCCAGGCAGAAGCAACGGAGCCCGCUCAGCUACAGGAUUGUAUGGAGGUGUACACAAUAUCCCCGGCCGAGAGCCAGACGCCAGCACGGAAAGAAGCUCAAGACGAGGUAUGCAAUCAAUCAUAUGAGCCGGAGCAAGCUCAACCUUUACCGCAAGUCCAAGCGCGAGUACAACUCGCUGCAAGUCCGUGCGAGGAGGCAUCUACAGGAGCUUCGAAUCCAGACCCUAUGGAAAACGUCGUGUACGAGCAUGUGCAGGACGAAGGACUUGGACAAACACAGCAAGGCUCGCUACGGGCACAGUCUCCAGCGGCAGUCCCAGCGGCAGAAUUGGCAUCAGUUACAGCGCAGUCGGCAGCUCCGGUUCAAGUUCAAGAACACGGACCGCUACACGCACAGCAGUUGUUCUCGUUCCAAGCUCAAGAACAGAUUCAACAGCACGCACAAAAGUUAUUCCCAUUCCAACCCCAAGAAGAGAGUCAACAGCACGCACAGAAGUUGUCUCCGGUUCGUGCUCCGUCAACGCAACCGAAGCCGGCCAAAGCAUCCGAGGUGUCUCUUUUCCAGGGGGUGAUUCAGGCAGGGCUGCAACAUUCGCUGCAAGGGGUUUUACAAGCAUCGCUCGACGCGUAUGAUGUCGUGGCAUUGACUUUGCGUGGUCAGAUUCAAGAUAAACUGUCAAUCGGUGUCCAGGGGCAAGGACAGAUGCUAUCGAUCGAAGUGGCCCAACCUCAGCAGGUGCCGCAGGCAGAAGAACAGCUAGCGAGCGAGCAACAGAACAACGCAGACCGAAUGCUCGAAGACGGACGUGUCCAAGAGACAGUGCCUUCUGGGGAGGAAGACCAGACGCAAGCAGAACAAGGAGAAUCUCAAGAAGCACAAUUGCGCGCCGGUAGGCUCGAAAAUACUGAAAAGCCCGUGUGUUCCAAGGAUGGGGAAGCUGCAGACGAUGGGUCUCGGCGUCUGACUAAAUUCUCACAAGCACAGCGAGCAAUGGAUGGUAACGUCGACAUUACCUGCCCAUCGAAUCCGGGUAUCCAAGAAGAGAAGACUGCAGGCGCACACCCUCAGAUUGACAAGUGCCACCAUUGCACGAAAUCCAAGUUGCGCUGCAACGGUGAGCGACCAUGUCAAUUCUGCAUCAAAUACCGCAAACGCUGCUAUAAUCUCAACGAGCGACCAGCGCGGAACAUGAGGGGCCAUAACCUCAGGGCAGGUGGUCGAUCUACAACCAAGGCUAGCGAGCGUCAAUUAGCAGCAGCAGCAGCAGCAGCACCGGAAAAAGCAGACGACCGAAAACAACCUCGACAGCCAAAGCCCGUGCACCAAGUGUCGUCCACGCAGCAAGGAUUGGCAGAUCAAUCGGUAGCUACAACCACCACGCACAAUGAGGAUGCAACGGAGCCAGAGCCGGACACUCACCUUACAGACCACGACGACCACGGAUUCGAGCGUCUCGGGAGUAGUGCCGCCGCAAGCGAGAGAACCCGUGCUGCGCAAAGUCAGAGUGAGGAGGACCAGACAUGUGAUGAUGAUCACAAGGAGCAUCAGCGGCAGCAGCAGCAGCAGCAGCAGCAGCAGCAAACAACACAGUCUCAACCGACCAAACCUGCUAACGCUAGGAAGCCAAAGCAGGAAAAGGAAACUGCCCGUAACAAGGCCCGCAACGUCACCACGAGGCUGGCGGAGCAGAAGGAGGCAGGAGAGGACCGUCGGUCGUUGCGCGCGAUGGCGCAUCGAGGCCAGACCUAG